AUGGCGUUGACUCCUUACAAUACCCGACGGGAGUACCAGAGUGGACAAGCCAAUCAAGAUGGCUGGGAAUACCCCUGGACACCCACCAACAAUACUUCGCCCGUCUUCUCCAACCCGGGACAGAGCGUUUCACCUUCCCUUCGUAGGGCCGUGCCUGCCCAGGUUCCAUCCACUCCAAUUAGAUCUAACGGUCCUCCAAUCGUUUAUUCGCCAACCUACAGAGCAGCUCCGACACCGUGGGGGGUAAACGCUACUCCAAUAGCUUAUCCCGAGACCAUGGUCACCCCCCAGCAUGUCCCAUGGGCAGACUGGGGCCAUUCGUCCCAGGGCAAUGCUCCACCACAGGGCGACCUACAGCCGGCUCUCUCAUUCAACUCUGUAGCGACAUCAUCUAAUACCGGUGUCGACGAUCCAACUCCCACAGGAGGCGAAGACGAUCAUAGAUGCGGCCCUGCUAGCCACGCCAACCAUCAUCAGCCCAGCCAGCUCAAGUGUCAAUGGGCUGGUUGCACGUACUCUGGAGUCUUCACUCGAGAGACAUGCUUAUGGCGACACAUCAAAUCCGUGCAUGUUUCUCCAGGCAUGUAUGCAUGCACAUAUCCUCAAUGCAACAAAGCCUUCGGUCGGAAGGACAAAUUUUUGGCUCAUUUGAGACAAGCACACAUGUUACCUGGUGGACAUUGUCCUGCUUGUCAUCCUUGACGAUUGUAUUUCAUUUUUCAUUGGUGACUUUUCAUUGGGCGCGGGUCGCACUCUUCUUUAAUAUAGAAACCAUACUCGGCAAUUUCGGGCUUUAUCAUUCUUUGGGGUACGGGAGAUGGACUAAUUAUAGGCGUCUAUGAGGCUAGAAACUCUCCAUAGUUGAAUCUUGAUUUGUUACAAGUUUAAGUAGUUUAAUUGGGCUGGAUACAAUUGAG